AUGGGCCCAUUCUACGCGGUGUCUCCGUCGGAUAACGACGUUCUCCCAUCAAGUCCACCAAAGAAGCGCAGGCUCAAGCAUCCUCGCACCGCUCGAGCUUGCAUAUUUUGCCGAAGACGCAAGGUGCGAUGCACAGGCACCCAGCCUUGCGACUACUGUCAUGGCGAGGGCGUUCGGUGUGAGUACGAUGAUGGUAUUCCGAGGCCUCGGCCGGCUAGGGGCUCGGAGAAACCAAAGGCUUCUUCUCCAGUCGCACGAGAUGUUCAAUCAAACCUCCUGUCUCCGGCACCGGUUCCUCAAAGGGAAAAUCGCAAUCUUGCAAGCUCAACGAGACAAGCUCUCAGCCGGCCGGAUAUCACGACAAAAGACUACACGCCUCACGGCUCUCGACGUCCUUCUCUGGAGCCUCCCCAAACAUUUGCUGGAGGUCAACAUAUUGGUCCAACGGCUGGAGUGUCUUUUCUUUACCAUGUUUGGAAUCAAAACGACAUCAACGAAGGGGAAUCUUUACCAUCCGCACCGCUAACUUGCUACGGGGACAUUCCACAGACACCUAUGCGUCAAGAGCAACCUUUUCCUACUCGGGAGGGCGCCAAUUCACUGUUGGAGCGAUACUUCAGAUUCGCGACACCUACAUAUCGGUUUCUGCAUCGGCCAACGCUGGAGAAGUGGAUGUCUGAAUUGCUUGCCGGCUCUCGUUUACCAAUGGCCGAGGCAGCCUGUGCUCUGAUCGUAUGUUCGCAGUCACUCCUCUAUACCACAGACGGCGAGAGGUAUAGUGAUGGUGGAGAUGAAGAUCUCAGUCGAAGCCGAUUCUACUUUGAGAAGGCCAAAUCACUGCUCAACCAAGAGCCAGGUCCGGCUUCGCUUGCCAGUGUGCAGGCUCGGCUGGCCAUGUGCCUAUAUCUUCUGAGCACCUUUCGCAUCAACGAAUGCCGGUUUUGCUUCAGCUUAGCUUGUACCAUUUUGACUUCUAUCGGUCUUCACAGAAAGACCCCUAUGGCCCACAAGCUUGAUCUUGUCACACUCGAAUCGCGAAAGCGUACCUUUUGGUGCGCGUAUGUUUUGGAUGACUAUCUGAGUGUCAUGCUAGGGCGGCCUCGAAUUCUCCGUGAUGAAGAUAUCGACCAGUCUUACCCCCGAAAUAUUGACGAUCACGACCUGUUGUCGUCCGAAUCUCUGGAGGAUCUACCUCAGCACGGCAACCUUGAAGCGUUCAUCGCUCACGCAGACUUGGCCAAAUUAAUGGGACGCAAUAAUGAUCUACUCUAUCCGAUUCAGCCUCUGACAGAAGAUCAAGUAUUCGAGCGAACCAAUGAAAUGCUCGAGUUGCUAUAUAAAUGGAAAGAUGCCCUGCCCGAUUUUCUCAAGCCCCGGGAUAAGACCCUUGUCGGCCAACGAACAUUCGAACGCCAAAACACCGUGCUGAAGCUUGCAUAUGCCCACAUACGUAUCCUUGUUACCCGGCGGUGUUUACUGGCGGAUUUGAGUCGACUUGGGCGUAACGCGCCGUUGACCAGAGAUGAUCGAGCUUUAAAGCCAAUACGAGAGUGUGCAAGUGCAAUCAGCACCAUCCUCAAUGCAACAUAUGAAUUGAUUGAACGCGGUGCCCUAUAUCAAGCAUUUUGGUUCACUCAAUACAUAGCCCUUGUUGCCAUUUCCACACUAUACGUCUUCAUAAUUCAAGACGCCCGUUCGACCAUUCCGGCUGAUCUCGUUCCGGAUCUUGAAAUGUUCUUUGAUAAGGCCAAUCAUUGUCAGCAGUGCUUGACAACAUUGGCCCCCGAAGGCAGUCAGGCGCGGCGACACUAUACCCUCCUCAGUCGCCUUCGGCUACGUGCCGAGAAAGAUAGGGCACGGACUAAGAAGCAUAAGCAGAUCGGAUCUGUUGUCGAACACAUGCCGCCUUCUACCGCUAUCCAUGAUGUUUCAUCCGCGGCCCCCUUAACGAUAGAACCGGCCGAAGAUGUCGACCCUACAGUUCAUACUGUGGCCCGUUCACAGGAACUCACCGGGAAUAACACGAACGCGAAUGGAUCUCCAUCAAAUGAGAUGGACGUGAUCAUCGGACAAUUUACUCUUUCUGAGGAUGAUUACAUAUUUCAAAACUUGCUUGGCUGGGGUUGGGAAAGUCUGGACACUGUAGGAUUCCCUAGGGAUGGCGACCUUUAUAAUCUCCAAGCAUAG